UCAUUCGUAGAAUAGAUACUGAAGAAUGAAGACGAAGAGAACACGAGGCACUCGUCAGAAAGCUGCUCCGAAUGCAGUGACCGAGGAAGUGUAUGUUGUAGAAAGCAUCUGUGGAAAACGCGUUUCUAAUGGUACAAUAGAGUACCAAUUAAAAUGGCUGGGUUUCAGUGAUGGUGAUAACACUUGGGAGCCAAUAAAUAAUUUGGAUUGCAAGGACUUGAUUCAAAAAUAUGAGAUGCAGUUGGUUUCAGAUAGAGCUUCGUUUCGUCAGAAGGAUACAAUUGAUGGUCCUUUAAGCUCAGGUGACCGAAAGCGUAAAGCAAAUAUCCCGGAAGCAACUACAGAUAUUCUGACGACCAAAUUUGAGCAUGCUCACAGUCCAGAGUUUUCAUUCAAGUUAAAUUUUCAAAGAAUAACUCACAACAUGUUGGCAAGAAGCUGAAUGUUGGUUGCGAGUCAUUCAUGGAUUUUCACUCUUUCUCUCUUUUCUCUCAAAAUUGAAAGUCUACACCGCAUGUGCUGGGUUUCUAAAGGAACAAUACACAAAUGAAA